AUGUACGAUGGAGAAGACGUCAAGACAUUCACGGAUAAGUUAAUUGUUUUGGAAAAUCAAUUAACUUAUCAUGGAGAAAAGAAGACCAACACACAACUCGUACAAAAGAUACUCAUCUCUCUCCCGGCCAAGUUCGAUAGCAUUGUUAGCGUGUUGGAGCAAACUCGCGACUUGACUACAACAACGAUGACGGAGUUAAUCGGUAUCUUGAAGGCGCAUGAGGCAAGACUGUCCGUAAGAGAGGAAAGCAACAACGAAGGAGCAUUCAAUGCUCACUCAAGACAAAGAGAUUCUGGUUUCAAAAGAGACAACACAGAAGCCGUGUGA